CUUUUUUUAGGUUUCCAAGAUGGCGGAUCAAGGGACAAGAAGUCAGUCAAGGUUUUUUACUUUCAACGGUAGUAUAUCCAUACUGAAGGCUGUUUUUCUAUUGAUUAUACUUCUUCAACAUUAUGGAUUAACAGUUAGUAAAAAGAUUGAGACCGAUACCAUCUCAAAACUUGACGAACUGGUCGUCCAAGUAGAACAUUCAUUGUUGAAAGAACACUCAAAUGACGACGAAUUCAAAGAUCGUGGGACAAUCACACUGCGAUCGCUAAAGCAAAAAACAGGCAGUUUUCAUCAAAAUGACCAUUUACCAAGAGARGAUUUGCAACUGUUGAAGAAAAUGGCUCAAARUGAUGCGUACUACCGCAUUAGAGUGCCAGCACAGUUUGGUCCCAACGAAGACAACGUCUAUGUAUCCACAUACGUGAAAACAUGUGCUUUGUUGGAGUCUAAAUUAUCUGAAACGAUCACGCUAUCRGUGGACCAYCUCGGGAACAUCUACGGAGUAGGUCURCGCCUCCCGGUGACACAGUGUAACGAAAAUAAACGGUUUGGCGGCCUUCCAUCGCAGUUUAACACCACUAUUCAAGUUCUACAACAAACACCAGGCGCUUUACCCGACACUCAAACUUAUGUCCAGAGACUAGAGAAAGAGAAAGCGGAACAAGCAGCUGGCAAAGGAAAGGAUAAUCGGUCGUUCUUAGCGAAAUACUGGAUGUACAUCGUCCCUGUKGUUAUCUUYAUGUUGAUGACCUCUCAGAAUCCUGAUCAGCARGGCGAGGGAGAAGCCAGCUAACUUUGAUUGUGAAAACUUUUAUACUUGCAAAAUAACGACCUUUAUUAUGGUAGCGAACUAUUUAUGGAUUUGCAUUCGCUUUACAUUCWGAGAAUGGGAGAGGAAAAUGGAUGGGAGAAAAUCAUGCAUCAAAAUGACAUUUGUAAUCUCAAGAUUGUACAAAUUGCUCUUGUAAAAGUCAUCACAAUGUUCUGUUUCUUAUUUAAUAUUGACAAAUGAUUGUCUUUUUGUAAUGAUUAGUAUUAAGUAGUUGAAAAGCUGAUCAUCACUGGACUGGCUGUUGAAAUUCAAAAGUAUGGACUUUUAAAAAAAUUUUUACUGAUUCCAUUUGCAGCUGAGACACUUAUUUAGUAAAUGAUAAUGAAGCCCUGAAGAAAUAUCUGAACACUAAUUAUAACUUUAGACAAUAACACUCCUUAAUAGGUCUCCAGUAAAAAUGASUAUGGGAUGUUUAUGCAUAAAAGUUGUUCAGUAGCCCAUAUAAGCACCGUCAUUUCUGACACUCUUUACUCACUAACCAAUACAACUUUUUCAUAUAUCUGGAUUGUAAACUGUAAUUUGUAGUCGCAAAAGUAGCUUUAGUACCAUGUAUGUGGACGACUGACUAAAAUCCUUUCAUUAUUUUAAGAAUAAAAAAAUGAAUGAAACCAAAU